UGCUAAAGAAGUCCGAGCCAGCAAAGGAUGAAACGGUGAUGAGGACAUGACCGAAUGGAGACAUCCAAUUGUAUAACUUACUGUCGCCUUUCUGAUAAGGCUUCGUUGGCCCCCACCCUUCACGUACUUAUAUAACUAAUAUGGAAGGAGCAUUAACUUUCCGCCUCUAGACAAAUUGGAUUUGCUCUCGAAUCUAGGGAAGAACAAGCAGUUAAGACCUCCUGAAUAUCAGCUUUAUUCAUUCUGUGGUGUAUAUGCACGAAAAUGCCCGUUCUAGAGAAACACAAGGCGGAACAAGAAAAGUCCAAAGUGCAUAGGGAGAAUUACGUGUUUCCAAAGCUGCCUGUGCCACCUUUACAACAGACCUUGGACAUGUACCUGAAAUGUAUGAAACACCUGGUUACAGAAGAGCAAUUCAGAAAAACCAAAGCUAUCGUUGAGAAGUUUGCUGCUUCUGGAGGUCUGGGAGAAAUUUUACAGCAAAGGCUACUGGAAAGACGAGAGAAAACAAAAAACUGGGUGUAUGAUUAUUGGCUUGAGGACAUGUACUUGAAUAACAGAUUACCACUACCUGUCAAUUCCAGCCCUGCUAUGGUCUUUCCACAUCAGAAUUUCCACAAUCAGAGUGAUCAUCUCAGGUUUGCUGCACAUCUUAUAUCAGGAGUCUUAGAUUAUAAAGCACUAUUAGAUGCACAUGCCUUACCACCUGACUGUGCACGUGGGCAGCUAGCCGGCACUCCACUUUGCAUGGAGCAAUAUUACAGACUCUUCUCCUCCUAUCGCCUUCCUGGUUGCAAGAAAGAUACGCUAGUAGCUCAGAAGAGCAGCAUUAUGCCAGAGCCAGAACAUGUCAUUAUUGCUUGCAAAAACCAGUUUUUUGUUCUAGAUGUUGUGAUCAAUUUCCGACGUCUCAAUGAAUCAGAUUUAUUUACCCAGCUGGAAAAAAUAGUUAAAAUGGCAGCAAAUGAACAAGAGCGACUCCCACCAAUUGGUCUGUUAACAGCAGAUGGAAGAAAUGAAUGGGCUAAAGCAAGAGAAGUUAUCAUGAAAGACUCCACCAAUCGUGACUCACUAGAUAUGAUUGAAAGAUGCAUAUGUCUGGUAUGUUUAGAUGAACCUACUAUGCUUGAACCUGCCGACACUAACCGAGCUCUGCAGAUGCUGCAUGGAGGAGGAGUUGAUAAAAACAGUGGCAAUCGCUGGUAUGAUAAACCAAUGCAGUUUAUUGUAGGAAUGGAUGGUGCCUGUGGUGUCGUGUGUGAGCACUCACCAUUUGAAGGCAUUGUGUUGGUACAGUGCAGUGAACAUCUGUUAAAAUACAUGAGAAGAAGCCCUGCUAAGCUUGUGAGAGCUGCAAGUGUCAGUGAAUUGUCUGCUCCAAGGCGACUUCGUUGGAAAUGUUCACCUGAAAUCCAGGGACUUUUAGCUUCAUCGGUAGACAAAUUGCAAAGUUUAGUGAGGAAUCUCGACUUAAAUGUUUACAAGUUUAAAGUCUAUGGAAAAGAAUUUAUAAAAGAGCAAAAAAUGAGUCCUGAUGCUUACAUUCAAGUUGCUCUUCAGCUGGCAUUUUACAGAUGCCAUAGAAGGCAGGUUUGUACUUAUGAAAGUGCUUCUACUCGACGUUUUCAAGAUGGAAGAGUUGAUAACAUCCGAUCAGCUACUAUUGAAGCAUUUGAAUUUGUUAAAGCAAUGACGGAGGGGAAAUCUUCAUUACCGGACUCUGAGAAAAUGCAGAAGCUGUGGAGUGCAAUUAAUGCUCAGACUAAUCACACUGUCCUUGCAAUAACAGGAAUGGCCAUUGACAACCACCUACUUGGACUUAGAGAAAUUGCACUUGAAAUGAAAAUGGAGAAGCCAGAAAUAUUUACAGAUGAAACCUACAUGAUCAGCAAUCACUUCAUUUUGUCAACUAGCCAAGUUCCAACGACAGUAGAGAUGUUCUGCUGCUAUGGUCCUGUGGUUCCCAAUGGGUACGGUGCUUGCUACAAUCCACAGUCAGAUCAUAUCAUAUUUUGCAUUUCAAGUUUCAGAGAUUGUAAAGAAACGUGUUCUACGACAUUUGCAAAAGCGAUGGAAGAGGGUCUUCUCGACAUGCGAGAUUUGUGUAUCAAAUUUAACACCCCUAAGAAAGCAUCUGUCAGUGAGGGUUCAGCAAAACAAGGAAAGCAAGAAAAACCUGGAAGCAAGCCAUAAAGGAGUAGAAAACAUAUUGAUUUCAGAGGCCUAACCUUUGAAAUUGAGAAAGGCUAUGCUGAAUUGUGUUGCAAUGCAUUACAUCAUAAUGUGUUCUUAUUUCUGGUAUAGAUAAAACAAAAC